CUACAUAAUUGGUAAUAAAAAAGUGUAACAAAUAUUUUAGUGUUGCUAACUUCCUAUACUAAUAACAAUGUUUCCCGCCAUUUAGUAUUUACCAUUAGCUAUCAUUUGCUUUGUUUGGAAAUAUUAACUAGGACUCGAAUUUGCUGAAUUAAUUUACCGUAUUAAGUGUAUUAGUUAUUAUUCGUCAAGCGUAAAUUUUGUAAAUCCGUAAAUGUGUAAUGUGGUAACUAUUAAAGUAUUAACUCAUAUACAUUUAUAGUAUUUAUAUUAAUUAUUAAUACGAUUACUACCAUAGUGGCACAGUAUUAUUUAAAAUUUCAGCGUGUCGGUGUUCAAUCUUUGCAUAAUUUUUGUUUUGACUGUUUAAAUUAAAUUAAAUUUCAAUUUUUUUAUUUUGUCAAAUUGUGACGUUUUUUAUAGUAGUUUUACUAAAAUUGUCUAAACUUUAUUAAAUAAAUAUGGAAGGAUUUGAUACACCUGGUAUAUUUUUCUCUGAUACAUUCGGUGAUGAUGACAAUUUGGCGUCAUCAUUGUUAAACGCGAGAUCAAUAAAAAAAUCUUUCAAAGAAUUCCUAAAAACAUACAAUGAAGAAAAUUUUAACUAUAAGUAUAGAGAUACAUUAAAGCGAAAUUGUAACUUGGGUCAAUAUUGGAUGGAAAUAAAUGUCGAAGAUUUAGCUGGAUUUGAUGAAAAUCUUGCUGAUAAAUUAUACAAACAGCCAGUCGAUCAUUUGCCAGCAUUUGAAGAAGCUGCGACAGAAUUAGCACAAGAAUUGCUUGCAUCUGAUAACUUGGAAGAUAUUGAGCAUAUUCAAAUAUUAUUGUCAACAAAUUCACUGGCUUCUUCUCUGCGUUCUAUUAAAUCUGAGUCAGUUUCUCGGUUGGUCAAAAUUCCUGGUAUCAUAGUAUCGGCGUCAAGUAUUCGGGCUAAAGCUACACAGAUAACAUUGCAAUGUCGAUCUUGUCGUAAUGUAGUACCACAUUUACCUGUAAAACCUGGCAUGGAUGGUUAUAUUUUACCAAGAAAAUGUACAACUGAACAAGCUGGCCGUCCACAAUGUCCUUUAGACCCGUAUUUUAUUAUACCAGACAAAUGCAAAUGUGUUGAUUCUCAAAUUUUAAAAUUACAAGAAUUAAGUGACUCUACACCUCAAGGAGAAAUGCCUCGACAUGUACAAUUAUAUUGUGAUCGCUACUUAUGUGAACGUGUAGUUCCAGGAAACCGUGUUAUGGUAGUUGGUGUUUAUUCCAUAAAAAAGGUUAAGACUUCAAAAAAACAAAAACUUACUGAAAAUUCUCGUACUGUGGUUGGUGUGCGUGCUCCAUAUUUAAGAGUUUUAGGAUUUCAAAUGGAUGAUCAGGUGGGAGGUUUUACUACUUCAAUUCCAACUUCUGUUGAAGAUGAAGAAUUAUUCAGAAAAUUGUCAUCAUCUCCUGAUAUUUAUGACCGUAUUGCCAAGUCUAUAGCACCAUCAAUUUUUGGGUUUAGUGAUAUAAAAAAAGCAAUAGCUUGUUUGCUUUUUGGAGGUUCUCGGAAAAGACUUCCAGAUGGUUUAACUCGUCGUGGAGACAUAAAUCUAUUGCUUUUGGGAGAUCCUGGUACAGCUAAAUCACAACUUUUAAAAUUUGUACAACAAGUUUCACCUAUUGGUGUAUACACAUCUGGUAAAGGUUCUUCAGCUGCUGGACUCACAGCUUCUGUAACUCGUGAUCCAACAUCUCAUAAUUUUGUAGUAGAGGGUGGAGCAAUGGUUUUAGCUGAUAGUGGUGUUGUUUGUAUUGAUGAAUUUGACAAGAUGAGAGAAGGUGAUAGAGUUGCGAUUCAUGAAGCUAUGGAACAGCAAACCAUAUCAAUAGCUAAAGCAGGCAUAACAACUACUCUUAACAGUCGUUGUUCAGUGAUGGCUGCUGCAAAUUCAGUAUUUGGUCGGUGGGAUGACAGUAAAGGCGAAGAUAAUAUUGAUUUCAUGCCUACAAUUUUAUCUAGGUUUGAUAUGAUAUUUAUUAUUAAAGAUGAACAUAAUCAAAAUAGAGAUAUGAUAUUGGCUAAGCAUAUCAUGAAUGUACAUUUAAUGAAUGGUCAAGCCAAACAAGAAAUUGAAGGAGAAUUACCAUUGGCAACAAUCAAAAAGUUCUUGAAUUAUUGUCGUCAACGUUGUGGACCUCGGUUAUCUGAAGAAGCUGGUGAAAAGCUUAAAAGUCGUUAUGUAAUUAUGAGAACUGGAUGUCAUGAAUUGGAAUCUGAAAAAAAACUUGCCAUUCCGAUUACUGUUCGACAAUUAGAAGCUAUAAUUCGUAUUGCAGAAUCUUUAGCUAAAAUGCAAUUACAACCUUUUGCUACUGACAGUCAUGUAGAUGAAGCAUUAAGAUUGUUUCAAGUAUCUACUUUGAGUGCAGCUACAUCGGGCUGUUUAUCUGGUGCAGAAGGUUUUUCAACCGAAGAAGACAUAGAUACAUUACAGAGAAUUGAAAAGCAAUUGAAACGCCGAUUCCCAAUUGGAUCUCAAGUUUCUGAAUUUAGUAUAAUUCAAGAUUUUUUGAGACAAAAAUAUCCACAACGAGCUAUAGAUAAAGUUAUAUAUUUGAUGAUCAGGAGAGGUGAAAUACAACAUAUUAUGCAACGUAAAAUGUUAAUUAGAUUAAAGUAAUUAUGAUGUAAAUUUUAGAAAUAUUUGCCAUUUUAAUGUACUGUAUCAAUUAAAAAUAUAUUUCAUAUUGUGUUGAAAUUCAUAAGAAUUAUAAUAAAUAAUCAAUAUUUUUUAUUUUUUAUUUGUUUUAUAUGGAAUAAGUCAUAUUUUUACACUAAAUAAAAGUACCUAAAAAGUAAUAUGAUCAUGGUCAUAUUAAAAUUUUUAUCAUAUUAAUCCUCUUAUAAUUCUAUUGAUUUAUUUCCUAUGAUAAUAUUUUUGUAAUUUGUAAUUUAGUAUCAUACAUUUUUUAAAUGUAUUUAAAAUUCUAGCGAACUAAAUAUCACUAUAAAUUUUGAUAAUAUAAUUAAAGUAUUUUCAGUCAUGAGAAUGAAUUUUUAAUUAAAUUAAUAUAUAAAAAUGUAUAACUUAUUAUAUAUAAACUAUUUUAUUACAUUUUUUUUAUGUUGUGUAAUAGAGUGGCAUUUAUUGACAGGGUGUAAAUACCUAAUUAUGGCUCUGCUAAUUGAUAAUUGAUACAGAUGGUGUUCCCUUCUUAACAUAUUUAGCUUAUAGAAUUUUAAAAUACUUUUAAAAAUAAUUUAUUGUCUUAAUUACUAAAAACUAGAAAAAUAAUUAAUUAAUUAAAUUAAUAGAUUGUUGGUUUUAUAAAAAAAUACAAAAAUUGUGGAUACAUUUAAAUAAGUUAUGUAGG